GAUUGAUUGAUUGGUUAGCUGUACGUCCCGCAACUGGUCAUUGGUGUUCUGUCCUCCUGUCACCCUCAGGGCGAGCCCAGUGAGUCUACCCCAAGCCCACCUCACUGUGCCACAGAGGUGCCCGAGUCCAAACCGCCUCCAUGGCCUCGGGCCGGGUGCCGGGGAGAGGGCCCCAUCCAGGGAGCCGCUCGGGCCAGAUCCCCUGCCCGGCAUGGAGCUGACUGGGCUGCUCCUCGUGGCCUUGCUUCUCCUGCCCGCGAGAUUGGCAUUCACCAGCUCCGCUCCAGCCUGUGACCCCCGACUUCUGAACAAGCUCCUCCGGGACGCCCGGGCCCUACAAUCCCGGCUGAGUCAGUGCCCAGACCUCAGCCCGCUCCCCCUGCCCGUUCUGCUUCCUGCUGUGGACUUCAGCCUCCGGGAAUGGAAAGCCAAGACAGAGCAGAUCAAGGGACAGGAGGUCCUGGGGGCAGUAGCCCUACUGAUGGAGGGAGUCGGGGCAGCCCAGGGACAACUGGAGACCAACUGCCUCUCCCGCUUGCUCGGGCAGCUUUCCGGACAAGCCCGCCUCCUCUUCGGGGCCCUGCAGGGUCUUCUUGGAGCCCAGCCUCUCCCCCAGGACCGGGUGACGGCUCACAGGGACCCCGACGCCAUCUUCCAGAACUUCUGGCAGCUGCUGGUGGGAAAGGUGCGUUUCCUGCUGCACGGACCCACUCUCUGUGCCAGGCGGGGCCACCCGGUCCCCAGCCCCGCAAACGGACUCCUCAGACCUUCGGCCGGGAGAUCCGGCAGAGGACCGCCGGACAGAACCCCCGGACCUCGGGCCACAACACCGGGCCUGGCGGACCCAGCCUCCGGGCUCCCGGGCCGAGCGUCCGCACUCUUGAAUGUGACUUCCGGGCCUGUGGGGCCAGCUUCCGGACCCCUCCCGAACAUGACUUUCGGGCCCUCGGAGCGAGCCCCGGGACCCCCACCUGUGACUCCCCCACUUCGGGACAACGCCACUGGAUUCUCAGGCAGAACUCCUGGAUCCUUGCCCAGUCUCCCCAGCAACACAGAUGGUUUUCCCAGACUCUCAUACCAAGCCUCCGGGUCCCCCACUCCUCUGACUGGACUUCCCGCUCCCUCUCCGAACCCGACCGUCCCUAUGCCCAGCUCCUCCACCCCCCUGGCUUCUCCCUCAGCCACCACUCCCGGCUCCUUCUAACCCUCUCCCAACUACUGGUCUCCUCCUCGGGGUAAGCCUCGUGGAGGCGGGGAGGAGGGGAGGGCCGGGCCUGCAUCGCGGCUCUCCCGCUCUCCUCCACCCCCCGGGAGCCCAAGAAGUCCUGCCCAUCCCCACCGAUCGUGAUCCCCCGGGGGCAUCAUGCUGUACACCACAGAACAGCUACAGGUCCCUAUUCCGGACCCUCCAAGCGCCCCCUGAUGAUCCCCCUCAUCUCAGGGGAAACGACAGGGCAGAGGGACAAUGAAACAUUUUUCAUUCUAUUCUAAUUCCCAGAUGCUAUUUUUCUAAAAAAACACCCCACAAAA